AUGAACGGGUCCUUGUCGGCGAUAAUCGUUCGUGUUCUUCUCCUUUGCGCGCUAGUGGCUCUCUCCAGCGGAUACUAUCUGGCGUACAAACCGUCAAAAAAUGGUUUGCUACCAAUAAAGAAGUCCCAAAUCGGAGGUUUGGUCGGAUCACGGAAUUGCUACUUCUCGCCCGUCAGCUGCGUUAUCACACGCGAUGUAUCCGCGUAUAGAAAACUCGCAGGUCCAAGCUAG